UGAUGACACCUUGACAUUUUGAGAAAUUUUAUUUUGAUUAUAGUUUCUGCUGAGAUUCCCGAAUUCCAACAUAAUUCCGACGAUGGAUUUGUCGAAUCGGUGUCGUGGUUGCCUUUCAAACGAUAGCGAAACAUUGCGGCUUUUGGAAGAUCUGCUCACUGUGAAGAUGUUUGAAGAAUGCAUCGGAUUGAAGAUAACCAUUGGGCCUGGUUUGCCAAGAAAUAUUUGCGGAACAUGCUAUGGAAAAUGUAAAUCCUGGAGUAAUUUCAAGCAGCAGUGCCUGGAAACGAAUGCUUUGUUGAACUUCAAAUUUGGACACCUGAUACAGGCAAAUGAUGGUACAGAAAAUAUCUUGAAGGAACCCGAGGAGCUUAGAGACGAUUCAAAAUCAUUAGCGCAACUGCCAGCAACAGAGCAGGAAGAAUAUGAAAUAGUUGAGUCAGAAGCAUUUGAAGACUGUGUUAGUGAGAUUCAGGAGAAAAUUGAACAAGAAUUGGGCCACGAAGUCGAAAUAGAAGUAACUGAAGAGUACGAACUCGGGGAGACUAUUGUCGAAAAUGAGGAAGAGUUUUGUUUAUCAGAGGAAGACGCCGAAAUAUUGCACGAAACCGAAGAAAAGCGCAACCAGGAAGUAAUCAUAGAAGAGGAAGCUGUGGACCAACGGACGGAAGGGCAGCAUAAUGGUCUGAAGGAAAAAAUUAGUUGCGACGAAUGUAAUAAAAAUUUUCGCAAUAUCGAGCGGUAUGAGGCACACCAGAGACUACACCAAGGUUUAAAGCCGGAAGUUUGUAAGAUAUGUAAAAUCGAGUUCAACUCCAGAAGAGCUCUUUGGCGCCACAAGCAAAAGCAUGUCGAUACCAAGCAGUAUACUUGUGCUGAUUGUGGGAAAAGCUACAAAUUUGCGACAUCCUUGACUCUGCAUAGAAAGAAGCAUCGCAAUAACCCACAGCACGUUUGUGAGACGUGUGGCAAAUCGUUCUUCAGAGCUCAUGGACUAAGAAGCCAUCUCCUGUCGCACAGUAAUGAGACCCCCUUUGAGUGCGAUAAAUGCCAGAAGCGAUUUAAAAAUGCAAUUAUGCUUCGUAAUCAUGUGCUCCGAGUGCAUGAAGGAGCCAAAAACUUUGCCUGUGCGGAUUGCGGAAAAGCUUUUAAUACAGGAGCAGAGCUGAGAAUACAUCAGCGGAGUCAUACGAACCAGAAGCCUUUCAACUGCAGCUCGUGUGACAAGUGUUACAAAACUCAAAGCCACCUCGCUGUGCACUUCCGAGCGGCUCACACAACCGAGCGACCGUAUGCGUGCGAACUCUGUCCUCAAAAGUUUGCCCAUAGCAAGAUUCUCAAGCAGCACCGGCUCACACACACGGCGGAACGAUCUUUGAAAUGUGACUUUUGCCAGAUGUCGUUCCGCCACAAGAAAACACUUGUAGCUCAUAUGAAUAAACAUGAACAACUUAACCAAGUUGAAGAAUUCGUCAUCGAAUCGGUAGUCAAGCUUCCACAUGCUUUAACUAUGUUAGAAUAAAAUUAAGAAUUAAAAAUUAUGUAGAACUUAA